ACUUUUCAUUCGAGUUUGCAACACGUCCGCGUUCGCAUGCGUCUCUCCAGCGAGCGCCUCUUUCAGCCAGAAAAGCUUUGAUUCGGUUCGAUUCGAUUCCGUGUGUUACAUCCGUCCCGGAAGGCGCCGCACUGUAGGCAACACUUUGCCGUGCCGUCGGCAAAGCGGAAGUAGCGGAAAAUUAACUCCCGGCUAUCGCGCAAGUGGAAGUGCAUUAAAAGGAGAGCUUUACAAACUAUUAAAGGAUUACGCGUUGAACGGCACACUACUUGGAAACGGAUCCGAUGCACUGAGCAGCUCAUAGAUCAAAAGCAGCAGCAGCAGCAACGACAACUCGGAGACAGCGUUGGCACAAAUAUCUCUAAGCAUGUUGCAGAAUCCUUCCAAAUAUCACGCAAAUCCCUUGUCACACUUCCUGGCAUUGCAUAACACACAGGCACACACAGGAGGUGCCGCUGCAGCAGCCAGUGGCGGUGCAGGAGUGGGCUUGGGGGUGGGAGGCAUCCCUGCACAUGGUCAACCGCAUCAUGCGUUGCCCACAGCAGCUUUGGCGGCGGCAGCAGCUGCGGCGGCCGCCGUCUCGGCAGGUCAGAGUUCGUACCAAAUGGAGCACCAGCAGCAACAUCACCAUCAUCAUCAUCAUCAUCAUCAUCAGGAGCAGCCAGGGCAACACCAACAACUCCCCCACCCAGACAGCCACCACCCACCGACAACAGGCAGCAACAGCAGCAACAACCACCGGGAACAGUUGGCGGCGGCCACUGCGACGUCGCACGCGCAGCUCUUCGAGGCGGCAGCGGCGCAUUCCUCCCUCGACGUGGGCAAGUCCUUUACAAUAGCCGCCAUUUUGGGGCUGCAGAGCCAGGGUCGCAAGGACUACAACAAUGCCAUCAAUCUGUCUCUCAAUGGCGCCGCACGCGAUGCCAUUGACCAGGACAGCAGCCACAACCACAGCAACAACAACAACCACAACAACAACAACAACAGCCAGAGUGUAAAGAACUUCAAUUGUGAUAGCAGUCGCUACGUGCCCCCGCACCACCCGCACCAUCAUCCACCUGGAUUUGCGGCCGCCGCCGCUGUGGCAGCCGCCGUGGGGGCAGCAGCUCCCUCGGCCCUACAGAGCCUCCAACAGCUCCACCAGCAGCAUCACGCCCAGCAGCAGGCCACGCUCAGCUUCCAGCGGGAGAAGCUCAAGUCGGACUCCCACAAGAAGAGCUCGCUGAAGAACAAGCGCGUGCGGACCAUUUUCACGCCAGAGCAGCUGGAGUGCCUGGAGGCGGAGUUCGAGCGGCAGCAGUACAUGGUGGGGCCGGAGCGACUGUACCUCGCCCACACGCUCAAGCUAACGGAGGCGCAGGUUAAGGUGUGGUUCCAGAAUCGUCGCAUCAAGUGGCGCAAGCACCACCUGGAACUCACCCAGCAGCGGCUAGCCCUGAUCCGGCAAACCCAGCUGCCGGGCACGGUCAUGGGCACCGGUUCCGGCGCAGUGGGCGCCAAUGCGGGCGGAUCCGGGUCAACAGAUCUCAACGCCGGAUGCAGUGCAGCCUCGCCCAGUCUGCAGGAGGAGGACAACGAGGACAGCAAGCAAUCGCUGUCGCUGCCCAUGCCGCCCCUGAGUCGAGCCCAGUCCGAGUCCGAUCUGUCCAUCUGCAACGACUCCCUGGACGGCGACAGCCUCAUGGACGGCAGCGAGGAGGCCUAAAGUAUUCCUGUGCAAAGCAAAUUUCUGUAAAUAUAGCCAAAUAAAUAUGUACAAUACGGGUUUUCUUUA